AGGCAGUGAACGGACACUGAUGUUAUGAACAUGUGGCUAAGAGAAGGUUCAGAAAACAAGUAGCAACAAUAUUCCUGUGUGAGGCUCAGUCAUUUCAUUUUUAUUUUUUGAAGAUGCAACAUCCUAAAGGUGUAUAUAGAAAACAUGUUGAUCCUGAAGCAUUGAUUGAAGCUUCUGAGCUAUUUGUGUAAUCUUCUCCUGAAGUUCUCGGGUAGAUUUGGCCUUUCCAUUGGGAAUUUAACAUCUCAUACAAAGUUAAAGACUUUUAUUUGAGUUUGGUAGAAUUCUAUUUCAAAGAAAAACAAGACUCUCUGCUAAGUGGAUGACAUCAUGCUCCAUUUGCACUCCAUGACAUCAAACUCCAGAUCAAAGGAUCAAAAGGAAAUUGAGCAAUAACAUUCUCUCAAAAGUCCUUAAAUAGGACACCAGCAUGCACUCAGUAUGUCUCAGAACUGUGCAACUGUAUAGGAACACACCACGAGCCAUCCUCUAGACAAAGAUUUGACACGUUCAGUGUAUGCAACAAAACACAAACACAAACCCCGAUCGAAUAGAAAAAAAUAUCAUUCGACACUGUAAGACCGAAGAAAAGAGAAAUGCAACAUAUGCAGCAAAAUCUUGAUCCCCAGGAAGGGACCUCGUCGGCCGCUGUUCACCCUAAGCAGCAAAACCCAAACCAAAGAGGGAAAAACAAGGCACCAAAUGAGGGGACUCCAUCUGAUGCUGCCAAACCAAAGGGUGCAAACCCAAACCCCAGACCCAGAAACCCUGGACCCAAUCGAGGGCCUUGGCCACAUCAGCCCAAUGCCCACUUUAAACCCAAUAAUGGGCCUGGGCAACAUUGGCAAAAUCCACGGUUUUUGCCAAGACAAGGGCCUUGGCCACAUCAGCCCAAUGCCCACUUUAACCCCAAUAAUGGGCCUGGGCAACAUUGGCAAAAUCCACAUUUUUUGCCAAAACAAGGGCCUGUGCCACAUCAGCCCCAUCCUGACCAUAACACCAACGAUGGGCCAUCUCAGCCACAGCCUCACUUAACACCAAAUGAUGGCAGUCGUCCAUACAAUGAGACUGAUGAACUGGGUGCGCUGAGAUUCCACCUGCAGGAGGCUCAGAACAUGUGCAAAACCAAUCUUUAUAAAAUGACAGCUGCAAACCACAAAGCUGCUGCAGCUAAAACUCAGAAAGAUUGGCUUCGCUUUCAGCUACAGUGCUGCAGAGGAAACGCUCAAAAAACCAUCCUUGAGCUCCAAAAACAGCUGGAAGAGUCUCGUAGAAAGACACCCGAGGAGAACUUCACCCCUGAGGUGAGUGAGGCUCCUGUUGAAGACAGCAACACAGCUGUCACAGCUGCAGAGCUGAGUGUGGAUGCUUCAACACAAACUGCAGAAGCUCCACACACAGACUCUACAGAUGUGAAAACCGAUCGAGAAGCUGAGUUGGAGAUCCAGUGCAAAAAACAGCAAGAAGAGAUCGAACAACUCCGUGAGCAGCUCCUCAAAACUCAAAAGACUCUAGAAGAGGAAGUUGCAAAGCGUGAAGAUCAGGAACAAAGAGCCAACUGUGAGCUCACUGAGCUGAAAGACAAACUCAGCACCAGUGAGGCUCUUUGUGAAAAAAAUGAUUUGAAGGCACAAAACUUAAAAGAAGAGCUGGAGAAAACCAAAGCUUCCCACCUGGAAAUCGUGGAGAAGCAAAAUCUGGGGAACACAAAAAUCUGCAACCAACUCCGGCAAACAGAAGAAGAAAAGAUCUCACUUCUGGAGUUUUUGCAGUAUCUGCAAGAGACAACCAAACCAGAAAGUCCAGAGGCCCGAGAAGACAAAGUGCCAAAAGAAAAACCAAAAAAGAAAACGAAGCGCAACUGGUUUUUGAGACUAUUCACUUAAGUGACUUCCACUCCGUCUCCUAUAAAAUCACAGUAAUAUACAACUAAAUAUUAACAGUCACUUCCAGUGCCUAAACAUCCAUUUAAAAGCAUAUUUGCUUUAAUAUUUAGUUGUGUAUAACUUUGUCAUCGGUUCCACCACCCCCAACCGGUCGCGGCAGAUGGCCGCCCCUCCCUGAGCCUGGUUC